AUGGUGGUGCGUUUCUAUCUUCCACCACCAUCCAUGGGUGUAAGGUGUGCAAAACGGGAUUUUUGCAAGAGAAUGUGUGGAACUGCUAUGCAGAUACAUCUUGGUAGCAGUGUUUCCCAUUCCCAAAGGCCUGCAGGCCUUGAUAUAUCUAACUUCAUAUCAGCUAUUGACCUAGAUCUGACAGACAGAGACAGAAAUCAUUAUGUCAUCUUCCUCCAAGUUGCUGAUGUAUGGGAUAGUAAAGGCCAGGGAUGCCUGUCAGGAGGCAGGAGGCAUCGUAGUCCUGCCAGCCCCUGCACCGGUGGGAAGCCAAAGGCCGUGGAGCCAGAGGCUCAGUCCCACACAGAGGUGAAGCGCCCAGCAAGGCCUGAGAGUCCGGGUUUAACCACAUUUACUGCUGCAUUACCGAUUUCUGUCGUGUUUGUCAGGUUCAACUCCAGCCAUGGCUUCCCGGUGGAGGUUGGUUCGGACGCCAGCAUCCUCCAGCUGAAGGAGGCGGUUGCCCAGCGACAGGGAAUUCCAGCUGACCAGCUGCGGGUGAUUUUUGCAGGGAGGGAGCUCAGCAAUGACUUGACACUGCAGAACUGUGACCUGGCCCAGCAGAGUAUCGUUCAUAUUGUUCAGAGUCCACAGAAGAACAGUCAGAACAAGGAUGGGACAGAAGACAACCUUGCUGGAGGUAUUCUAAAAGCCUUGGAAAGAGAACCUGAAAGUCUAACUCGUGUAGAUCUCAGCACCAGCAUCCUCCCAUCACUCUCUGCAGGGUUGGCUGUUAUUCUGGAUGCUACAAAAAACAGCAUUUCUCUUCCCUCUGAAAAAUCAGGUGCAGCUAGUUACAACAGUUUUUAUGUUUUUUGCAAAAAUUUCUGCCAAGCUGUGAAACCUGGGAAACUGAGGGUCCGCUGCAGUGUGUGUAAACAAGGAACACUGACGUUGGCAAGGGGUCCAUCUUGCUGGGACGAUGUGCUGAUUCCCAACAGAAUAAGAGGUGUUUGCCAGUCCCAAAGGUGCAAUGGAAACAUAGCGGAGUUUUACUUUAAAUGUGGAGCACACCCAACCACUGACAGUGAAACAUCUGUGGCUUUGAAUCUCGUUACAACAAACAGUCGCUGUAUCACAUGUAUAACAUGCACAGAUAUUAGGAGUCCUGUGCUUGUGUUCCAGUGCGUGCAUCGCCAUGUCAUUUGCCUAGACUGUUUCCAUUUGUACUGUGUGACUAUGCUGAAUGACCGUCAGUUCAUCCAUGACCCAGAGCUUGGCUAUUCCCUCCCUUGUGUAGCUGGCUGUCCAGACUCCUUGAUUAAAGAGCUUCAUCACUUCAGGAUUCUAGGAGAAGAACAGUACAACCGCUAUCAGCACUAUGGGGCCGAGGAGUGCGUGCUGCAGAUGGGAGGAGUGCUGUGUCCAACUCCCGGCUGCGGAGCGGGUUUGCUUCCUGAACCAGGAGUGAGGAAAAUUAUAUGUGAACCAGUCAAUGGAAUAGGCUGUGGGUUUGCGUUCUGCCGUGAAUGUAAAGAAGAAUACCAUGAAGGGGAAUGCAGCUCUCUCCUCAGCACGCAGGGAGCCAUGGCCCAGAAGGAAUACGUAGUUGAUGAACAUGCAGCCAUGCAAGCUCGAUGGGAAGAGGCAUCUAGAGAAACAAUCAAGAAGACAACCAAGCCAUGCCCCAGCUGCAAUAUUCCAGUAGAAAAAAAUGGUGGCUGCAUGCACAUGAAAUGUCCUCGUCCUCAGUGCAGAUUUGAGUGGUGCUGGAACUGUGGCCUGGAGUGGAACAGAACCUGCAUGGGAGAUCACUGGUUUGACUAGUGGUGCUGAGGCCAGCCCGCGUUGCUGCUAAAGUUUGCUUUCAUCAGGGCCAAAUUCUGAACUCCUUGCUUAAACAAAACUCCCAGUGGUUUCAGGGACACAGAGUUCAGAAGUUGGCCCAGUUUGUUGGUUUUUGCUUUCUUGCAUAUGCAAUCAUACCAAAAUCCCACUGAAGUUAUGCCAAGGGUUUUAAAUCUACUAAGUAAAAAGAGUAUUUAUUUUAAUUGCUCAUGGUGGUACAAAGAAUUGUGCCUUUCUGUCUUGUGCAGUCUGUCAGCACAGAGAGCAGGCAGGGUUACCAUGAGGAACUUUGCUUGACAUUUAUAGUCAGGAAUCUGUAACUCUUGCAAGAGCGAGCAGCCUGCCUAUGUGUGUGUGAGUACGUGAGCGUCAAGGCGGGUGGAGGAUAUUCCCUGCAUCAGCUGCUUUUUCUUUGACCACUCCUUUGCUCAUUCAGCACAAUUUUUGAUUUUGAGGCAGUACUUCUUAACAGUUUUUUUGGCAGAGGGGAGACUGUGGCUUUUCAGUGUUUUCUUAGGGUUUCCUCCUAACAGGCUUUCUGUAGGGGUCUUGCUUUCAAACCAAAUUCUCAUAGAAACAUCCAGCUUUAUGCCGUAUUUGUGCUUGUGUAUUUGUAACGUACAACACACAACCUGCCUACAUACUCAUUAUAGACUUUGUUACCAUUGGAAGAUUAGCUAAGGAUGCAGGUUCAGCUCUAACUGUGACUGCUGUUGCAGUGGUGACUGGAUCUGAUUAAGUGUUGUGCAAGCUAGACUCACAGGGCUUCAUUUUUCUUGUGCUUACAGCGAUACUUUGGACAUGGCAAGGGGAGGCAGGAGGAGACUUUUCAGGGGGGUUCUCCAUCAUCAUUCUCCUAAAUUGAAUUAGAAUAUGGGUAUAUUUCCAAAAAUACAUUCACAGCUCAAACAGUGUGGGGCAGAGGGACAUCUUUCAUUUUGCAGUGUUAACACAGUAAGUAAAGCUUACUAGCAUUUCCAAGCCUGAACAAUCUUACCGUUUGGUGUGCUUUACAUUGCUGUCUUAUUCUGAAAUGAAAUGGAUACUGUCCACGUCCAACAUGCCAUGUAAGGAUUUGCACAAUUCAGUUUUGGAAAAAAAA